AUGGAAAAGUCAUACCGAACCGGACCGGUCGGCAAAAGAAAUUUCUAUACCUGCGAAAUACCGGUGGAUAAACGACUUCAACAACAUCAAGUUGAAUUGAAUAAUAUCAAUUCACAGAUGAAAACAGUCAUAAUCAUAAGAUCGAACAUUGCAGACGGUGUCGAUGCUAAAUUGAAAUUCUGCUCGACAACAGAAAUCAAAAAGAAUGGAAAAUGUUUUUUCUUCAUUCGAACCAAUAUCGAACAAGAUUUAUAUAAUGAAAAAGUCAAUCAUCCAUCGACAUUCAAUGAAACAUUGGUAUUACAUAAAAUUCGAGAAAAUUGUCUCCAACAUAUUCGAACAGUCGACGAUACUGCCAAUGUUUUUCUUAUCAGUGGUCCACUGAAUUAUACAACUCGAUUUGAUUUUCCGGCAAUGUGUACGGCACUAUUGUGUGAUUAUCCGGGCUUGAAACGACAAAUAUUGAUUUUAGCCAUGUCGACCAAUUGCAAGGCAGUCAUUCGAGCUAAAGUCAACGUUCUCCGUGGACAAACAUGGGUUGCAGCAGCUGUUAGUGCUGCUGUAGCCGCUCCGCCGAAGCAAUUGGGUUUACACAACAAACGAUUUCUUUUCAUUCGUUCAAAUAUCGAUUCAGAUUUAUACAAUGAAUAUGAAGAUCAUCCGAGUACAUUUAAUGAAGAGCAAAUCUUGACAAAAAUUCGAAACAAUUGUCUUGAAUAUAUUCGAACAGUUGAUGAAAAUGCUGAAGUCUUUCUCAUUUCGGGACAUUUACGUAAUAAUCAACUAUAUGAUUUCGGAAAAUUAACUGCAACUUUACUACGUCAUUAUCCAUCAUUAAAACGUGAAUCGAUGAUUUUAUCGAUCAUCCGCAGCCGAGCUGCCAUACCUGUUCCGUUUUUUUCAUUGGGUUUCGAUCCCACAAUAGUAAUGGCUGAAGCUGAAUUUUAUAAGAAACAAUUCGGUUUAGAUCAAGCAGCACUCGAAAAACUCUCGCAAGGUUAUCGAAUAUCGAUGCAAACGAUCGAACGAGAAUUAAACGAAAUAUUUCCAUUGCAACAUUUAAACACAAUUCGAGCAUUUGUUAUCGAAUUUGCCAAAAGACAAGCCGUCGGUGCGACAGCUGAAGAAUUUGCUCGAUUUGUAGCUUAUGUUGGCACAGCAGUAGCAUCGACACUCUCGUUUGGUGUUUGUUAUUUGGUUCUUUACAAGAUUUUAACACGAAUGCGACCAGCAUCAUUUGAAGUAAUCGAUAUUGUAAUCGAUGCAUCGAAUCGAGCUAUUCAAGAACAGCAACAGAGGCAGCAGCAAUUACUGUGA